UGGCCUCUAUGCAAUAAAUGGCAAAAUAUUUAAAAGAAAAGAUAAAACGUGCAUCUGUUAUCGAUGAUUUUUUGGUUGCAAGCUGGAAAGAAGAAUUUAUUGAUUCAGUUGAAGGAAUUUGUCGCGGCAAUGAUGCUGGGUUAAUAAACUUAAAGAUUAAAACGUGAUGCAGGGGAAGGUUGGGGAAUACUAUUUUCACGUGCACGAUGUACAGUCAGAACUGUCAGUAAUAAAGUUCAUUCAUUUGGGCGUAUUUUUGUGAAAGGAUACAAUAUAUUGAAUGAAUUCAUCAAAAGUAAAACUCCACCAGGUAGUCCAGAAGACAGAGAUCUGUUGAGGAAAUUACUGGAGUAUUUGUUGAAUACGGAAUGUCAGAAAGCUUUGAUUGAGAGUGUAUUUAAAGCUUCAACAGAAACACAGCUUGUUGAGAUAUUUGCUGAGAAUUUGAUGUCCCCCCUGUCCUCAUCAUCAACAUUCACAAUAGACAAUCAAUCACAGUGUUCAUGUGAUGAUGCAUCAUGGCAAUGUGACGCAAGUGUUGGACAUCAAAGUAAAAUUUAUGGAAACACAAAUAUUGGUAUUGGUAAUGGAUGGUAUGGUAGACUUGACAUACUGAUGGGUAACAGUGAUCUAGGAGUCAGUGUUAAUACUGAACACACCAUUUCUGAUAGGAAUGUUUUCACAGAAAUAAAUAAUUACAUCCCUCGCUAUGAAAUAGAUGUUGAAGCCAAAGAUCAGAUAAUUGCAAAAACAAUUGUGCAUUCCUUUUUACAGUGGAAAAGACACAAGUCACUGCAAAACUUUGUAAUUCCUAGUAUAGGAGUGUCAAAAGAUGAAAUUGUGUUCUAUUUCUAUGAUAGUGAAAGUGACGUUUUAAUGCAAAGCUCUCCUUUGUUUAUGUUUAGUGGUAGAAAAUUGAGGAUAAAAGUGAUAAUUGCUUUGUGGUUAGUUUUGAACUACAAGUAUCUAGGAACAGGGCUAACAGAACAAAUGAAAGAACACAAGUCUGGAUUUGUUGAACUAGCUGAAGAAAGCAUCGAGUCUUACAGACAUGAAGUAUCUCUCAGAAAAACCGUAGCAAUUGUGCCAAUGCUUAAUGCCUAUUCUGAAAGUGUACUCAACUUUUCUGAUGUUGACACUUAAAUUCUGCAUAUCAAAUCUUUAAAAAAAAUAUUGUUAUUUUGUGUUCAGUAAUGAAUAAGGUCUGUAACUUUAUUGCAUAUUAAAAAAAGAAUGGUUAGUUUUAGAGAAAAAAAAACAUUUAGAUUAUAUGGAUGGAGUGCAAAGAGUUUAACACAAAAUGUAAUGAAUCAUUUACAGCUAUGGUUCUAAAAUUUUUAGCAAGUAUAACCCUGCAGUGUUAUACAAGAAGCUACAUGUAAGAAGCAACUGCUACAAUCAGAUGUUUUUAUUGGAGGAAAGUUUGUCUUUUAAACAGUUCAAAUUUUAAAUCUACAAAGUGUUUUAGCCCUACUGUCAACAUUGUGAGCUUUUGUGAUCGCAAUCAGGCCAACGUUUGUUUAUCUACUUGUACCUUAAACAACAUCUCCUCAUAAACCGCUAAGCUAAUUCCAUCCAAACUUUACAGGAAUGUUCCUUGGGUGGCCACUUUUGAAAAUUUCCAUGCAGAACUCAGUUUGCCAUGGCAACAGAAGGAAAAAACUUGAAAAAUCUUGCCCAAGAGCAAGAGCUUAGAUAUUAAUUUUAGCAUGAAAAAUGUUAUAAUUAGUGUCUACCAAGUUUGUUCAAAUGAAAGCCCCGGGGUCAAAAUUGGACUGCCCAAGAGGGUCAUUGAUUUCCUUAUAUGUAUAUAUAAAACACUUAAAAAAUCCUCAUGUCAAAAACUGAAGGAGCUAGAGCUCAGAUAUUUAACAUGAAACAUCUUCUAAUGGGUGUCUACCAGGUUUGUUCAAAUAAAAGCUUUUGUCCUCCCCGGCCAAUUUUACGGAGGGCUUUUGUCCGCCCAGUCAAUUUUACGGAGGGCUUUUGUCCGCCCAGUCAACUUUACGGAGGGCUUUUGUCCGCCGUGUCAUUUUCACGGGAGGGCUUUUUUCCGCCUUGUCUUUUUUGGACGGGAGGGCUUUUGUCGUACACCAAAAUAAAACUGUAUGUUAUAACACUUGAGCUAAAAAUAGCAUGCAGUUUUACUUGCAGAGAGAAUGUAAACAAAAAAAACCAGCUGAUUAUACACAGGGGUGGUUUAAUGAAUGUUUUAUAUACCUCACAGAUUAAUAAAAGACUUUAUCUAGCCAUUUAUUUUAUUUUCUUUCAUUUUAUUCCAUUAUUAUGAUCUUGUUGAUUUAUAAUGGUUAUCAUCCAUGUUUAUCACUACAUUAUAUACCUGACUACUAAUGAAUUCACACAAAUGAAAAUGAUAUCAGUCUCACAGUGUUUUAUUUGUAGACUCUGCAGGGAAACAUUUCAAUCUGCCAACACCUUAUUGAAGUAAAAUUGUUCAUUGUAUGGCCUGUCAUGUCAAGUUAAAACUCACAUAGGAUGUACCAAUUCCUGCUUGUUUUGGAGGGAAAUAGUGCAAAUCUUUAAGCUGUUUUAAUCUGAUUUUAUAUAUUUCAUACAAGUUUGAAUUCUAAAAAAUGGCACAGGAUAAUAAGAAAAAGAGAUAUGUGAUUUAUAUGACAGAAGAACAGAAAGAAAUUACUUGUGGAAUAUUCAAUUUUCAUGGGUGGGAUAUUGAAAUAUCAAGUGAUGACGAUACUGAAGCAACAAGUACCCAGUAACAAAAUUUGAGCAGAACACAAGUAUCCACUUAGUCAGUAAACUCAGAUGCGAAAAAGGAAUUUCUGAAGAGAAUGCAAACUUAUCAUCAGAUAAAUAAACCAAAUGGACCAUCUGUGAAAACUAAUACAGAUGUUUGUCACCACUGUCUUAAUUUCCCCUGUGUGACUGCAAGUUCGCAGUCCUGGCUGGGAGAUGGUCACUCAUCAAGGCCAGGAAAUAACUUAAUACGAAAAGAAUUUUAUAGAAAAUGCUGGACUAUGCUUGACAGAAGAAGACUUUGGAGCAAUAGUAUAUAUUAAGAAAGAAAGGAAAGACUUAUGCUUGAACUGACUGUAAGAGAGGUUAUGUCUGACAAUUAUAUCCCAACCCAAAGGACGUGAUGUGCCUUACAUGGGACAUUUCUUUUAACAACAACCUGCUAAAAAUGUUGUUUACAGAAAUUUAAAAUAUUUUUAAACUGUUAAUGUAUAAAUUUUUUAUACAUAUGCAAGAUAUAGUUUGAGUAACAUUUGUGAAAUGUAAUUUUUGACUACAAGAUAUUUACAACAAAAUAUAAAUGUUUGGAAGUUACUUUUUAGCUCACCUGUCACAAAGUGACAGGGUGAGCUUUUGUGAUCGCUUUUCGUCCGGCGUCGUCUGUUGUCCGUCCGUCGUCCGUCCGUAAACUUUUACUUUAAAUGACAUCUCCUCAUAAACCACUAAGCCAAUUUCAUCCAAACUUCACAGGAAUGUUCCCUUGGUGGUCACCUUUAAAAAUUGUUCAAAGAAUUUAAUUCCAUGCAGAACUCUGGUUGCCAUGGCAACCGAAAGAAAAAACUUUAAAUAUCUUCUUUUAAAAAAUCCUAAGAGCUAGAGCUUAGAUAUUUGGCAUGAAACAUCUUCUAGUGAGUGUCUACCAAAGUUGUUCAAAUAAAAUCCCUUGGGUCAAAAUUGGCCCCGCCCCAGGGGGUCAUUGAUUUUCCCUAUAUGCAUAUAGUAGAAACUUAAAAAAUCUUCUUUUAAAGAACCCAAAGAGCUAGAGCUAAGAUAUUCAGCAUGAAACAUCUUCUAAUAGGUGUCUACCAAGUUUGUUCAAAUAAAAGCCCUGGGGGUUUAAAUUGGCCCCGCCCCGGGGGGUCAUUGAUUUUCCUUAUAUGUGUAUAGCAAAAACUUAAAUAAUCUUCUUUGAAAAAAAAAAACAAAUAGCUAGAGUUUAGAUAUUAAGCAUGAAACAUCUUCUAGUGAGUGUCUACAAAGUUUGUUCAAAUGAAAGCCCUGGGGUCAAAACUGGCCCCGCCCCGGGGGUCAUUGAUUUUGCCUAUAUGCAUAUAGUAAAAACUUAAAAAAUCUUCUUUGAAGAAACCCAAAUAGCUAGAGUUUAGAUAUUAAGCAUGAAACAUCUUCUAGUAAGUGUCUACAAAGUUUGUUCAAAUAAAGCCCUGGGGUCAAAACCGGCCCCGCCCCAGGGGUGUCAUUGUUUUUAACUAUAUGUGUGUAGUAAAAACUUAAAAAUCUUCUUUUAAAAACCCAAUGAGCUAGAGCUUAGAUGUUUAGCAUGAAAUAUCUUCUUAUGGAUGUCUACCAAGUUUGUUCAAAUAAAAUCCCUCGGGUGAAAAUUUGCCCUGCCGGUGGGGGGGGGGGGGUGAGAUCAUUGUUUUUCAUUACAUGUGUGUAGUAAAAACUUAACAUUGUGAAACAUCUUCUAAUGAGUGUCUUCCAAGUUUGUUCAAAUAAAAGCCCUGGGGUUUAAACUGGCCCGCUCCGGAAGCCUAUAUACAGGUGAGCGACCUCAGGGCCAUCAUGGCCCUCUUGCUCUGUUUUCAUGAAGUUUCAGUACUUUGAAAUUUAAAACAAUCAUGAAUUACUGGAUUAUUGUAACAGUACUUUGAAAUUUAAAACAAUCAUGAAUUACUGGAUUAUUGUAAUUUUGUUUGAUAUAAAUACAUUUUGAUAAAGCAAAGUCAGUAAAAAUUAUUGUUUUUUUUCUUAUCA